CGGAGCCCCCUCCCCAGGCCGGGGGCCAUGGCGGGGCGAGCGGCGGCGCUGCUGGUGGCCGUGCUGGGCGCGGGAGCGGCGGGACUGAGCCUGGAGCCCGUGGUUUGGCACACGGGGAACCGCCGGUUCCUGGAGGACGGUGGCUACGUGCUGUACCCUCAGAUCGGCGACCGCCUGGACCUGGUGUGCCCGGGGGGCGCGGGGGCGGCGCAGUACGAGUACUACAAGCUGUACCUGGUGGGGGGGGCGCAGGCGCGGCGCUGCCAGGUGCCCCCCGCCCCCACCCUGCUGCUCACCUGCGACCGCCCCCAGCGCGACGUGCGCUUCACCAUCAAGUUCCAGGAGUUCAGCCCCAACCUCUGGGGACACGAGUUCCGCCGCCAGCACGACUAUUACAUCAUCACCACCUCGGACGGGACCCCCGAGGGGCUGGAGAAUCGCCAGGGCGGGGCCUGCCUGACCCGGGCCAUGAGGGUCACCCUGCGCGUGGGACAGCGCCCCGGGGCGGAGCCGCUGCCGGACGAGGAUGGAACAGGUUCAGCCAAUCAGACGAGCCCGCCCGGGCCGGGCCCUCCCCCCGCGCGCGGGGGGGCGGUGCUGGGGGGCGCGGGGGGAGGGGCGGCGCUGCUGGCGCUGGUGGGGGCGGGGGGGGCCCUGUGGUGGCGGCGGCGCCCCCGGAGACCCCCGAAAACCCCGCGGGGUGGGGGAGGGGCGGGGGCACGGCCCCGCCCCCACGGCCCCGCCCACCCCCUGCGCGAGCUGCCCCUCCCCCCCACCGCCCCUCCCCCCGCCUAUUACAAGGUAUGA